UCGCGGCAUACCAGCCCCACCCCUCUUUUCAUAUCUACAGGAAGUUCAGAAGAAGUCUUGCUGAGAUAUCUAUCUAUGGACAAAGUUUCGAAGAGUGUCGUACCUCAACGGUCCCCCCUGCUGUGGAGAGGGUGUCCGCGCAUGCCCUGUGGGUUUGUCCGUCCACAUGUUGUCGUUAGAAACACUGACGUCUACGUGGGGGGCGGUACUUGCAUCUCGUUCGAAUACUCCAGAACGGUAUUCAAAUACGACACGGUGCACGAAUGUUGGUCCUCUCUACCGCUGUCUCCAUAUUAUACAUUUGGACUUGUUGUAGCAAAGGGUCUGGUGGUUACUGUCGGGGGAACGUCUGUUCUGUCGUCAUUGACUACAAACAAAGUGUGUAGUUUUGACGAGAGGGGCACUAAGAAGUGGUGCCAUCUCCUGCCCUCCAUGGCGACCGAGCGUAGUGUGUGCAGUGCCGUGAGCUAUAAGGAUUACAUCAUUGUCAUUGGAGGUAUGGGUGAGGGGGACAAUGAGUACUUGGACAGUGUGGAGGUGUUGGACCUCACCUCCAACCAAUGGUCGCUGGCCUCUCCCUUUCCUCUGCCCGUUACCUUCAUGUCCACAGCUGUCUGUCAGGUGACCGACCGACUGUACCUACUCGGAGGGCUCUCCCCUCACGAAGGUGCCAUUCGCUCGGUCAUUAGCUGCAAGCUACCCGAGCUCUUAGCCUCAACGUCACCACUAUCCAAAGACCACACCCCUAAAGUCUGGGAGCGCAUCACUCAAGUGCCAUUUGUGAGAGCAGGAUGCGCUGCCAUCAACGGGAAGCUGGUCAUAGCCAGUGGGCUAGAGGACAAGCACUUGACCGCUAAUACGGUGCAAUGUUUUGACCCAGAGACUAAAGCAUGGUCAGUUGUUGGUACUCUUGCAGCUGCCAGAAGUUCGUGUUCAAUCGCUGUUCUUGGAGGAGCUCAGAUAAUGCUCUUGGGAGGUUAUGUGGACCCUAAGAACUGGCCAAGCUCCCUUACAAGAGAUGUCAUGGCAACUGUGAACCUGAAUGUUUAA